AUGCGCUUCACUGCUACCUCCUCCUUCGUGGCCCUUAUCGCCACUGCGACAGGGCUCGCGCUAGCUUAUACUAUCGACUCGCCUAGUGGAGGAUGCAUCGACAUCACCCUCCCCUUGACAGUGACAUGGACGCCACCGCAGGGCGCAACUCCGGUAACCGUCUCCUUCGUACUCGCGAAUUACAACGGCGCCUAUCCGAAUGUCGACAAGCUAUAUGAGAAUCUCGUCGUGAAUGCGACCCAGGUUAGCAGCGUUACUCUCCCGGGUCUGGAUCAGGCUACGGCGCUGGGUUACUCUAUGCAAAAUGGCGGAAAUGGGUACCAGGUCUGGAUGGUGGAUCCUAACAGUCCUCCGCCUCAUAAUGGGAAUCAUUACGCUGAGUCGAAGUCUUUCCGGAUUGUGGCGCCGGGAGCUGGGAAUAGUUGCUAG